AUGCUUAGAGCUUUAAAACGUGCUAUUCCGCCACGUACACAAAUCCUUAGAAGCAAUGUUCCUACAUUGAGGUAUAAUUUUGCCAAGAUCCAAGCAAGAUGUUUUGCUACAGCCACUGACACUUUCUUACAAGGCAAUGACGCAAACUAUGUCGACGAAAUGUAUCAACAAUGGAGACAAGAUCCAGCUAGUGUGCAUCCAUCCUGGAAUGCUUAUUUCACCAACAUCGAAAAAGAUGGCGUUUCACCAUCAAAGGCUUUCCAAGCUCCACCUACGCUAGUUCCAACCGUGUCUGGUGGUGCUGCUGGUAUCUAUCCACAGCAUUCAAACGCAAGCAUUAAUGACGAUGUUGUUGUUCACUUGAAGGUUCAAUUGUUGGUUAGAGCCUAUCAAGUUAGAGGACAUCAAAAGGCACAAAUUGACCCAUUAGGAAUUACAUUUGGUAGUCAUGCCAAGGUUCCAAAAGAAUUGACUUUGGAGUAUUAUCAAUUUUCUGAGAAGGAUUUAGAUAAAGAGAUUACAUUGGGACCUGGUAUCUUGCCAAGAUUUGCUGUUGGUGGUAGAAAGUCCAUGACUUUAAGAGAAAUCAUCAAAACAUGUGAAGAAUUGUACUGUUCCUCAUAUGGUGUUGAAUAUGUCCACAUUCCUUCCAAGGAACAAUGUGAUUGGUUGAGAGAAAGAAUUGAGAUUCCCCAACCAUUCAAGUACUCGCAAGAUCAAAAGAGACAAAUUUUGGAUCGUUUGAUUUGGGCUACUUCAUUUGAAACAUUCUUGUCGACCAAAUUCCCCAAUGACAAGAGAUUCGGUUUAGAAGGUGCUGAAUCAGUUGUGCCUGCAAUGAAGGCCAUGAUUGAUACCUCUGUUGAAGAAGGAAUUGAAGAUAUUGUUAUUGGUAUGCCACAUAGAGGUAGAUUGAACAUGUUGUCAAACGUUGUUCGUAAGCCAAAUGAAUCUAUCUUUUCCGAAUUUACCGGAUCAAGAGAAUUCGAUGAAGGUUCGGGUGAUGUCAAGUACCAUUUGGGUAUGAACUACCAGAGACCAACCACAUCUGGUAAACACGUUAACUUGUCGUUGGUGGCUAACCCAUCGCACUUGGAAUCUGAAGAUGGUGUGGUUCUUGGUAAAACCCGUGCUAUCCAACAAUACAAGAAUGAUGUUGGUGAGUUUAAAAAAGCAAUGUCAAUCUUGUUGCAUGGUGAUGCUGCAUUUGCUGCUCAAGGUGUUGUUUACGAAACCAUGGGAUUUGCCAACUUGCCAGCUUACUCAACUGGUGGUACUAUUCAUAUCAUUGUCAAUAACCAAAUCGGUUUUACUACUGAUCCAAGAUUUGCUAGAUCUACCUUAUACCCAUCUGAUAUUGCCAAGAGUAUCAAUGCCCCAAUCUUCCAUGUGAAUGCCGAUGAUGUUGAAGCAUGUACUUUUGUAUUCAACUUGGCAGCUGAGUGGAGAGCUACAUACCACACUGACUGUAUCAUUGAUCUUGUUGGUUACAGAAAGCACGGUCACAAUGAAACUGACCAGCCAUCAUUCACUCAACCUCUUAUGUAUCAACAAAUUGCCAAGAAGAAGUCAGUUAUUGACAUCUACACUAAACAGUUGGUUGAUGAAGGUACCUUUACUACCGAAGAUAUUGAUGAACACAAGAAAUGGGUAUGGAACUUGUUGGAAGAAUCAUUCUCGAAAGCUAAGGACUAUCAACCAACUUCAAGAGAAUGGUUAACCACUCCAUGGGAAAACUUUAAGUCACCAAGGGAGUUGGCUACAGAAGUUUUACCUCACUUCCCAACUGGUGUUGACGAAGAUACUUUGAAAAAGAUUGGUAAUGCCAUUUCUGAAGCUCCUGAAGGAUUUGAAAUUCAUAGAAACUUGAAACGUAUCUUGAAUCAGAGGAAGAAGGCUGUUGAAACUGGUGAAGGUAUCGACUACUCUACUGGUGAAGCAUUGGCUUAUGGUUCGUUGGCCUUGGAAGGAUACCACGUCAGAGUUUCUGGUCAAGAUGUUGAAAGAGGUACUUUUUCACAAAGACAUGCCGUCUUGCACGAUCAAAAAUCAGAAAAGACUUGGACUCCAUUAUCUCAUUUAAGUGAAGAUCAAGGAGUGUUUAGUAUAUCUAACUCAUCCUUGUCCGAAUAUGGUGUCUUGGGUUUUGAAUACGGUUAUUCAUUGACCUCGCCUGAUGCCCUUGUUGAAUGGGAAGCACAAUUUGGUGAUUUUGCCAACACUGCUCAAGUCAUUAUUGAUCAAUUCGUUUCUGGUGCUGAAUCGAAAUGGAUGCAAAGAUCUGGUGUUGUUUUGUCGUUACCUCAUGGUUACGAUGGUCAAGGUCCAGAACAUUCUUCUGGUAGAAUUGAAAGAUAUUUGCAAUUAUGUAACGAAGAUCCUCGUUACUUCCCAUCGCCAGAGAAGUUAGAACGUCAACAUCAAGACUGUAACAUGCAAGUUGCAUACCCAACUACACCAGCAAAUGUCUUCCACUUGUUGCGUCGUCAAAUGCAUAGACAAUUUAGAAAGCCAUUGAUUUUAUUCUUUUCCAAGUCAUUAUUGCGUCAUCCAUUAGCCAGAUCCAAUUUAUCGGAUUUCACUGGCGAGUCUGGAUUCCAAUGGAUCAUUGAAGACGUUUUGGGCGACAAGUCAGAAGUCAAGAGACUUGUAUUGUGUACGGGACAAAUUCACGCUGCUAUGCACAAGAGAAGAGAACAAACCAAGGAUAACUCAACUGCAUUUAUCAAGAUUGAAGAAUUGAAUCCAUUCCCAUUUGCUCAAUUGCGUGAUGCAUUCAACUCAUAUCCAAACAUUGAAGAUUUAGUAUGGGCCCAAGAAGAGCCAUUGAAUAUGGGUGGUUGGGCAUUUGCUGAACCAAGAGUUGGUGUUAUGCUUGAAAAGACCGACAAGUAUGGAGAUUUGAAGAUGAGAUAUGCUGGUAGAGAUCCAAGUGCAUCGAUUGCUGCUGGUACUAAGGCUAAGCAUUUGGCCGAAGAGGAAGAAGUGUUGAAUGAAGUAUUUCAACAUUAG